AUGCAGUUCUACGCCAUCGUCUCUCUCUUCCUCGCUGGCACCGCGAUCGCCGCGCCUGCUACCUCCUCCAACGGCUACGAAGCUUGCCCCAGCGGUGGCCUCUUUGGCAACCCUCAGUGCUGCAGUCUCAACCUCGUCGGUGUCCUCUCUGGUGACUGCCGCGCUCCUACCAAGACUCCCAACAGCGCCAAGGAAUUCCAGGAGAUUUGCGCCGAGUCUGGUCAGAAGGCUCGCUGCUGUGGCCUCUCCGAGAUUCUUGAGCUCGGUGCUUUCUGCCAGAAGCCCGUCGGUGUUGCUGCUUAA